CACCACCGCUGGAAGCUCAGUUGACCAGCGUCGCAACUGAGCGAUGCGCCUCCAGGAGAGCGUCUACCUAUUUGCGGAUUUGACAUUCAUAUAGCAGCCUACAUCCUCACAUCUGAUUGACAAUUAAUUUUCCCUCCUCGUCGUUAAUAUCUUUAGUCUACGUCACUCUAUCUUAGAGAGAAAACUACACACAAGACAAGGUUUUAGAUUGCAUAUCUGAAAACUCGCAACAGGCAUUUUCUUUUCUCCUCUUGAACGAUCCCCCCCGUGGGAGGAGUUGCUUUUAAAAUACCGAUUUCUUUUACUUUUAAAUCAUUCAGAGACAACCGAGAACUUAAUCGAUGAUGGCACGUCGGGAAACGUCGGACAAACUGGUUUGAUUUUGGUCAUUUGUGUCCUCAGUUUGUGUCUCUCGGAGGAUCAAAAGCAUCUUCAGACAGAUCGCCGGGAGCAGAGGAGGCUGUCUUGCUGUCUACAGGCUGUCAUAAGGUGGGCUUGAGCAACCAGAAGCCAUGUUGUCAUUGGACGAGCCGUUGGACUUGAAGCUUCCCUCAGGUCGGAUAGAUGGUCCAGUGAGAUUAGGGAAGAGGACUUCUUCUUCUAUCUGUGCCCCUCUCAGCGCCACACGACCACGCCUGAUAUAUACAACCUUUCCGUCUCCACCCUCCUCUCCAGAUUCCCAAUCCUCCUCUCAUGAACGACACGGGUCCUGUUUCACCCCUCCGGCCAUGGACCUCAGCCUGUCCCCCUCCUCCCGCCACACCUCCUCCUUGUCCCCGUCCCCUUCCUCCCCCUCCUCCCCCUCCCCUUCUUCACCUCUGGAGUCUCCUCACAGCAGCAGCAGCCCCCAGCCACAUCUCUUCUCACGGGAACCAGCUCGUCAUCGAGGGGUAGAGGGCGGAGCUUCGCCUCAGGGUUAUCCGUUUUACCUGCCGAUUGCAAGCCCACCUAAGGGAUACAGCUUUCCCUCCUCCAUGUUCAUUGGUCAGAACAGAGAGAAGCAAGUUUCACCGGAGCCCUCAUUGGAUGGUCAGCUGGCCUGCCGUUGGAUGAAGUGCCACCUGCUGUUUGACUCGCUUCAGGACUUGGUGGAUCACAUCAACGACUUCCACGUCAAGCCUGAAAAGGAUUCCGGGUACUGCUGCCAGUGGGAGGGCUGUGCUCGGAACGGGAGGGGCUUCAAUGCCAGGUAUAAAAUGCUGAUUCACAUCCGCACGCACACCAAUGAGAAGCCGCACCAUUGUCCCACCUGCAACAAGAGUUUCUCACGUCUGGAGAACCUGAAGAUACACACCCGCUCACACACAGGAGAAAAACCCUACAUCUGCCCCUAUGAGGGCUGCAAUAAGCGUUACUCCAACUCUAGCGACCGCUUCAAGCACACCCGCACCCACUAUGUGGACAAGCCAUACUACUGCAAGAUGGCAGGCUGCCUGAAGCGCUACACAGAUCCCAGCUCGCUACGCAAGCACAUCAAGGCCCAUGGGCAUUUUGUUGCCCAGGAGCAAGGUGCUCCAAGCAGGCUGGGGACUGGGCUGGGCCUCCCCGGGCACCAGAGCGCUGCUGAUCUGCCGUCUGUUGGCAGGGCUCACAUUAUCAUCCCUGGGGCUGCUGCAGCUCUACUUGGGGGUCUGGGGACCACUUAUCCUCUCUCAGCUUUCUGCCACGCCAGAGCCCUGGGACACCAUGGGGCACCACUGUUCUCCAUGGGCGGAGGAGGAGGCGGCAUGGGGCCGCUCGGCCUCUCCGACUCCCCUCUUUUACACUUUGGACUUUCAGCUGCAUCAAUGUUGGGGCUGGGAGCUCUGGGAAGUCUGGGGCGGAUGGCAGGCAAGGAGGUGGAAGGUGAGGAUGAAGAGGAAGAAGGAGAGGGGGAGCUGGAGGGGGAGGUGCUGAACCUGUCUGCAGGGGUGGGGCCCAGACAAAGCGACCCUUUGUCUUGGGUGGUUGUUCCCCCGAGGGCUCUCCUCCUCAAACCAGCUGUUGUCAGUUAAGAUGUGCACUCAGCGACGUGUAGACCAGGGAGUGUGUGUUUGUGUUUUUCUGUGUCUGUGUUUGCAUGCAUGUAUGUCUGGCUGUGUGUGUUUACAGACAUGCAUGGGUGAUUGUGGAGCGUGUGUGUGUGUCAGAAAUCAAAGGUUGCUGUCACCUGCAGAGCCAUAAAAAGCACUUCAGUCAUUCCAGCCCAGAAACAACUAAAUACAGACUAUAAGACUGAAAAUUACAGUUGUUUUUGUGUUGAGUGUACGAAACGUAAGCAAGACCUUUGAGUGUUGGGUUGCAGCAAGAUUUUGCACCAUUCAUGUUUCAGCUGUCUUUAAACUUUAAAGGGUCAGUUCACCCAUAUUACAAAAAGAAAAAAGAAAGCCAUGCAGAUUAUUUUUUAUCGGCUGAGAUUUUGAGAUAUCCGUCUCUGUUUGGUGAACAGUUGGGUUUUUAUGGUAAAUUCCAUCCUACCCUGUUGUUUCAAGGGGUUGCAGGUGUUUUACUCUACUUCUACUCCUACUUCUCAUGUCCUUGGAAGUCGUGAAAUUUGGGUGGACCUGUUCAUCUACACCUUGACUUCACAGUCAAAAAGCAUUUCACAGUGGACAAUCACCUGUAUUAGAUUUACCACACCAGGUCAUGAAAAGAGCAGGUGUUCUCACCAUUUUGUAGUUUUUAUGUACGACAACCCCCACUGACCGCUUCCACUGACUUUUUAUUCAUAAAUAAAUAUGGAGGUGGAAAGCUGGAUUAUGGGGCGCAAUGGGAAACACAGUCCAUACACAAUAAUUUAAUGUAACAUUAGCUACUCACAGUACAUCCAUCUUCAGGGACAGUCAAGAAUUCCAAUAUAAAGCAUCCAUAAUUCUUCUCCCAUGAUAUGACUGCCGGCAUUUAAAAAAGGGUUACUGUUAAAGCUACCAAUCAUUUUACUACAACUACCCGCAAAAUAUUGACGUGUUUGAGAAGAUAACUGUUGUUAUCUUCUUAACAGCUGUCUCCUACUAUACCAUGACGCAUGUAGAACAGUUUGUAAUAAAACUCUUCAAUGUCUGACUCAGACAUCGAUCACUAAUUGUGCAACAUGUAUAUCUCAGAUAAGCUCAUUCAUUUCCAAGCCCACAGCAAACAAAACAAUUAUGACAACAAAAUAUGACACAGUUAUCUCGCUGAUUUACUAGUUGUAAAGUGAUCUCGGUGUGGCCACCAUUUUCUUACAGAGAGAGAGAGAGAUCUUGAUUCAUAAUUAGUCUGGGAGAUUUUACGACACCACGAUGUGUGACGAAAGGUUAUAAUGCACACAGAGCUAUGUUUGACCAUGUGAUUUUUCAAGUCGCAAGAAGAAGGAAACGACUGUGUUGACGCAAAUGAAUGUAGGUUUAAAGUUUACUCUUUAGCUUUCAGUUUACCUACUCCUUGCUCUAUUAAUCAUUCCAAGACAAAGAUCUAAACAGGAUCUGCCCUGCCUUUUACCGACUGAGGAACACAUUCAAGUAGGAACAAGUAGACAAAGGUGUGUAGUAGGCAAUAAUGAGUACACAUUUGCUUCAGAUGAAUGUUAAAAUGCAAAAGGUACACAAGAAGAAGCCAAACAAUUGUUUUAAAAACUGUCUCUCAAGUAUUUUUGAAGGGGUGACGUUUGACAAUGGCCACAUGUGGCCAGUAUCUGUGUUAUCUUGUAUUUCUUGUUUGCACAUUGAUUUAUCCUAAUCAGUAUUUCAAAGGUGUCCAAGUGCCUUGUGUUUCAACCGAAAUAUAUCAUACAAUAUACAAAAAUAUUUACGCAAAUGUAAAGUGUAUAAAUGUAGUUUUCAUUACAUUUUGGAAAACUGAAUUUUAAUAACUGACAACAGAUGUGAUUUGUACAUCAGGGCCACUGCAACACUUUCCAAGGACGUCACCAGUGUUGAUGACCGUGACAAUGACAUAAUGUCAAUAAACACAAACAGAUGAA